CAAAGGGUUGGCAACUCUGUAAAAUAAUUUUUAUUCUACCUCAGAAUCCAGCUAUAGCCGAUUUUAUAGCCUAUAACUAAUAUAUAGGUCUAGAAUAUAAAUCUAGAUCUAGAUUCAUAUGUCAUAAUGCCUCCCAAAAAAGGGAAAAAAGGUGGUAAGAAAGGUGGUAAGAAAAAAGGGAAGAAAAGUGGGAAAAAAGGCUCCGUCGUUUCAAACGAAACACCAAAAAAUGUCGAUCCUUCAGAAAAAGAAAUUUUGCUUCAAGCAGAAUUAGAAAAAGUUACACUUCAACUAGAGGCUGCGAAGAUCAAGGUUGAUGAUUUAAAGCAUGAAAAUGAGUGGCUGCAAAAUGAAGCUCAAAAGAUUAGGAUUGAAAGUCAUGAAUACAUGAGCUACAUGGAGAAGAAAACCAGCAAAAGACAAACCACAAUUAUAACCCUAAGCGACCAUAACAAACAGGAAAUAAGAAACCUACAACUACAGAAGCAGAAAAUGGAAGAAGAAUUCGAUAAAAAAAAGAGAAAUUUAGAAAAUCUUCUUUUGGAAAAACAACAUUUAUUGGAAAAAACAAAUCAGGAAAUUAAUGACUUACAAGAGUAUAAGGACCUACAAGCAGAUCAACUGAACAGAAUAAAAGAAUUGGAAGAGGAAGUGGUCAAAAUGAGAAGGCACCACACCAAAUGCAUCCAGCAGAUGAAGUCUGACUUCCUACGAGAAAAAAAAGAAUUCCAGCAAAGCUCAGAAGAACGAGUUCAGUGUCUUGAAAAGAAAGCCAACCAGGAGGCAGUUCAGUGUCUUUCUGAACACACCAACAAAAUAAAAUUAGAGAACAGGCAGCUGCGCCACGAGCUGAUGGAACUGAUCAAGAUGACCCGUGCUUUAAACGAGCAUCAGCAGACCCUGGAAGACCAGAAGCGCCAGCUCCUGAGGGAACAAAACUAUGCUCAUGAUUUGAAGAAACUUAGAGAAGCCAGACAGAAGAAGUCUUUCAAGCCUUUAGAGGAGAGUCAGUUAGAAGAUGAGCAUUUGUAUGCAACAGCAGCGGUCAGUUAGAGGAUGGCCAGUUGUAUUUAAUAGCGGCAGUCAGUUAGAGGAUGAGCAUUUGUAUGCAACAGCAGCGGUCAGUUAGAGGAUGGCCAGUUGUAUUUAAUAGCGGCAGUCAGUUAGUUGAUGAGCAGUUGUAUUUAACAGCUGCGGUCAGGUAGUUGAUGAGCAGUUGUAUUUAACAGCGGCGGUCAGUUAGUGGAUGAGCAGUUGUAUUUAACAGCGGCGGUCAGUUAGUGGAUGACUAGUUAUAUUCAACAGCGGCAGUUAGUUAGAAAAGUAACAGUUGUAUUUAACAUAGAUACAAAAGUCAUCACUGUAUUUUAAAAGAGGCAGUUACAAUGCAAAAAACAUAGUAAUAAGACAGUAAUUUGUAGGGAUAACUAUUAGUGUACAUAUUUUUACAAGUGUGAUGUAAACUUGAUGUGAGAAAUUGUUUUUUUAUAAAUGUAACAGGAUUAAAAGUAUACUUAUUAAA